CUCCCUGGGAGAUGAGAUAUGUCCUGGUGUCUGCAACACAUGUUUCUUUCAAGACUAUCAAGAGCCUUGUAUUUGGAGGAGUGUGAGACAUGAAGAGGUCUAGAGAGUUGUCCAAAGUCACACAGCAAGUUGGUCACAGGGCUCUGUGGUCACAGUCCUGGUGCCUGGCCAGGACUCUGAGCUGCCCACUGUGCUCCCGUUUUUGCUAACUGCUUGCUCGGUGAUACAGCAUAGUGGUUGGAUUCAUGGACUCUGAGCCCGGCUGCCUGCAUCCAAACCCCAGCUCUACCUGGCAACCAAGGACAAGCUGUUUGGGCUCUGCUUGCCUGAGAUGGAGGUGGUGGUUAUCAUCUACUGUUAUCUAGAUUGAUGCAAAAAUGACCUCAGGUGGGGAUAAAAAAUAAAAAGAAUUGAGUCAAAUUGUAGGACUUGCUUGCUGUUACGGGGAAAUCCACACGUCUGGUGACCAGGAAUAGUGUUCUACAUAAAAGUCAAGAAGACACAAGGAAGAAACACGGAUGAGGGUGUCCCCCACCUGAAGACAACGAGCCAGGUCCUGAGUGAUGCCCCGGAGCUGAGUGCCCACGGCCCCAGCCUUCCCCAUGGAGAAAGGAUUUGCUUUGCCCCAGGAUUGCCGGGACUUUCUGCACAGUCUGAGGAUGAGGAGCAAAUAUGCCCUUUUCCUGGCUUUUGUGGUGGUGCUUUUCUUUAUUGAAAAGGAAAAUAAAAUCAUAUCGAGGGUGUCCGACAAGCUGAAGCAGAUCCCCCAGUCCCUGGCAGAUGCCAACAGCACUGACCCAGCCUUGGUCUUGGCCGAGAAUGCAUCCCUCUUGUCCCUGAGUGAGCUUGAUUCAGACUUCACGCAGCUGCAGAGCCGCCUGCGAAACGUCAGCCUGCAGCUGGGCUUGCAGCCAGCAGAGGAGGCCGAGGGGGAGGAGGCCGCGGGGGAGGGGGCGGGGGCGCAGCGUCCAGGCCCCGCGGAGGCCGGCCCCCGGCGCCACGUGCUGCUCAUGGCCACCACCCGCACAGGCUCCUCUUUCGUGGGCGAGUUCUUCAACCAGCAGGGCAAUAUCUUCUACCUCUUUGAGCCGCUGUGGCACAUCGAGCGCACGGUGACCUUCCCGCCGGGAGGCGCCAACGCGGCGGGCUCGGCCCUGGUCUACCGCGACGUGCUCAAGCAGCUCUUCCUGUGCGACCUGUACGUGCUGGAGCAUUUCAUCAGCCCCCUGCCCGAGGACCACCUGACCCCGUUCAUGUUCCGCCGCGGCUCCAGCCGCUCGCUCUGCGAGGACCCGGUGUGCACGCCCUUCGUCAAGAAGGUCUUCGAGAAGUACCACUGCAAGAACCGCCGCUGCGGCCCCCUCAACGUGACGCUGGCCGCCGAGGCCUGCCGCCGCAAGGAGCACAUGGCCCUCAAGGCCGUCCGCAUCCGGCAGCUGGAGUUCCUGCAGCCGCUGGCCGAGGACCCCCGGCUGGACCUGCGCGUCAUCCAGCUGGUGCGCGACCCCCGCGCCGUGCUGGCCUCGCGCAUGGUGGCCUUCGCCGGCAAGUACGAGACCUGGAACAAGUGGCUGGCGGAGGGACAGGACCCGCUGCGAGCCGAGGAGGUGCAGCGGCUGAGGGGCAACUGCGAGAGCAUCCGCCUGUCGGCGGAGCUGGGCCUGCGGCAGCCAGCCUGGCUGCGGGGCCGCUACAUGCUGGUGCGCUACGAGGACGUGGCCCGCAGGCCCCUGCACAAGGCGCGGGAGAUGUACCGCUUUGCGGGCAUCCCCCUGACCCCGCAGGUGGAGGACUGGAUCCAGAAGAACACCCAGGCGCCCCGGGACAGCAGCGGCAUCUACUCCACGCAGAAGAACUCCUCGGAGCAGUUCGAGAAGUGGCGCUUCAGCAUGCCCUUCAAGCUGGCGCAGGUGGUGCAGGACGCCUGCGGCCCCGCCAUGCAACUCUUUGGCUACAAAUUGGCGCAGGAUGCCGCCUCCCUCACCAACCGCUCAGUCAGCCUGCUGGAGGAGCGGGGCAUCUUCUGGGUCACGUAGGGGGCCUGGGGCCAUGUGCACCCCUCGUGAAAGCCCCGCCCUGCCUUCCUCACACCCAAGCCAGCUGUGAGCCAGUGGCGCUCGCAGAGGAUGGCGGGAAGCCGGGCAGUGAGCAGGCUGCCCCUCUGCUGUAGAAGUAGCCCCCAGCCAGCUAGCUUCCCCACCGCAGCGGUGGGCUGGGGUUUGUGGCUGAGAACAGAACAGCGUCCUGCCCCUUGUGGGCCAUCAAACCCAGACCUAAGGGCAGGUCCGGCAGGCCCCGGCCUAAUGACAGCCUUUCUCUCUCUCUCUCUCUCUCUCUCUCUCUCUCUCUCUCU